UGUCAUAAUGCUCAAUGAAAUCAGAAAGGAAAUAAGGGAUUAUUACCGAUCAAAGAAGCAGUCUAAAAAACUAAUCAAAUGGAGGCGGAAGGAGGUUGAAAGAGACUUGGCUUUUUGUCAUCCACGGUGGCCUCAGGAAGCAACCUUUGUCGAGCAGGAGAUGAGGCGGAUUAAACAAGACAGGGGUAAUCAGCAGAUUUAUUUCUCAGACGCGUGGAAUUACAUUGACUGGAUCACGUAUGCCAUGAUGAUAGUGGUGAUAAUUCUUCACUUAGUUAACAUCUACGUCAAAAGCAAUGGUUACAAUGAUGUUUUUGUCCGGAUCCUCUCCUGCACCUUAAUUCCUGCCUGGGUUCGUUUGUUAAAAUACGCCCGACCCUUCCCUGGCCAGGGACCUUUUGUAGUUAUGCUCGACCACAUUGGUACGGAAACCGCAAAGUGGCUGCUUGUAAUUUUGAUGUUUUACAUACCCUAUGCGGCAGCCUUCUGGAUCAUGUUCGGGCCUCAGGCUCAAACACCUGUGAACGACUACAGCUCUGUAUUAAGUCUAAUUUAUACCAUCAUACGGAUUCCGUUGCUUGAUGAUUAUAAUUUUGCAGAACUAGAUAAAGCGGCGCCUUACAUGUCCCGCCUACUCUGUGGAACGUUUAUAAUGAUUGCUGCGAUUGUUCUCAUGAAUCUCUACAUCGCACUUUUGUCUAACACGUUCCAGCGGGUUUAUGACAACGCUCGGGCGACCGCUGCCAUACAGCGAGCUAGGCUUCUUCAAGACCUGGAAUUGGAUGCCUCCGUCAAAAAACUGAAGCGUUAUAGAGAGUUCAUAAGCACAAACUACAGUCCUGAGGAAACGGACCACAUUGCAGUUCUAUCAGAACAAGAGGAACACAACCGAAAGCAAGAGGAAAAGGUGUCUGAGAUUCACAAUAUUGUAAGCAAGCGGUUCGGAGGCAAAAAGUUUGGCAAACUAGAGAGAAGUGAAUUCGAUUUAGUUCUGGAAGAUUUGAACAAUCUUAAGCGUUCUCAUUUGGAAAUCAAACGCUCUCUUUCGUCCUUAACUUCAAACCUAGAGGAUUUGAAAAAGACAACAUCCUUUCUCGUUGAAAGUCGGACGCACGGUGAUCGAGAGCGCCAGAACAAGGAACAGGAAGAUAUUUUAGAACGACUGACCCUUACUGUUCAAAGACUUGAAUCAGUGUACGCUAUCGACAAUGGUCGAAAUCCCGGGCGAGUGAUGACAAAUCACAAGGCAAACCAAACAGAUUAA